CUGCGAGCAUCAAAGACUGCAGAACAAAGCUGAACAAAGGAUUCAAGUUCAGGGGGGGCAGGAGAAGAGAGCUCCUUUUUUGAAAACCAAUGACCAUGAACGCGACUCCGCACUUCGGACUGAUCCCGAGCUACUUCGACACGAAUCUCACCCACAUCCUGGAGGGAAAGGACGCGUCCUCCUCCUCGACGUCGCCGGCGUCCUCCGGGUCGGAGGGCUGCUACGACCAGCUGCUGAUCUCCACCGAGGUCUUCCUGGCGCUGGGCAUCGUGAGCCUCCUGGAGAACAUCCUGGUGAUCGCCGCCAUCGUCAAGAACAAGAACCUGCACUCGCCCAUGUACCUGUUCAUCUGCAGCCUGGCCGUGGCCGACCUGCUGGUGAGCGUCUCCAACGCCUCCGAGACCAUCGUGAUCGCGCUCAUCAACAGCGGCACGCUGGCCGUCCCGCCGGACCUCAUCAAGAGCAUGGACAACGUCUUCGACUCCAUGAUCUGCAGCUCGCUGCUGGCGUCCAUCUGCAGCCUGCUGGCCAUCGCCGUGGACCGCUACAUCACCAUCUUCUACGCGCUGCGCUACCACAACAUGGUGACGGUGCGCCGCGCGCUCCUGGUCAUCUCCGCCAUCUGGACGUGCUGCACGGCGUCGGGCGUGCUCUUCAUCGUCUACUCGGAGAGCACCACGGUGCUGGUGUGCCUCAUCAGCAUGUUCUUCACCAUGCUGGCGCUGAUGGCGUCGCUCUACGUGCACAUGUUCCUGCUGGCGCGGCUGCACAUGAAGCGCAUCGCCGCGCAGCCCGGCAGCGCGCCCAUCCGCCAGCGCGCCAACAUGAAGGGCGCCAUCACGCUCACCAUCCUGCUGGGCGUCUUCGUGGUGUGCUGGGCGCCCUUCUUCCUGCACCUCAUCCUCAUGAUCACGUGCCCGCGCAACCCCUACUGCGCGUGCUUCAUGUCCCAGUUCAACAUGUACCUCAUCCUCAUCAUGUGCAACUCGGUCAUCGACCCCAUCAUCUACGCCUUCCGCAGCCAGGAGAUGAGGAAGACCUUCAAGGAGUUCUUCUGCUGCUGGUACAGCCUGUCCACGCUCUGUACCUGCGAGAUGAUCGGGAAGUACUGAGCAGAGAGGAGGAGGUGUGUGUCUGUGUCUGUGUGUGUGUGUGUGUGUGUGUGUGUGUGUGUGUAUGCAUGCAUUUGA